AUGUCUUAUCGUAACACUGAUGUUGACAUCUUAGAUGAAGACCAGUUAUUUCAACAUGAACUAUUUACGUUCGCAGGCGGUGAGGAGCUUGAGCCGGAUGUGGCGCUAAGAAAUGUUCAGGCGAAAGGGGUUGAAGUUAGAAACUUUUUGACAAGAGGUAAUACUGAAAAAGCACUGACAACAGCUAUAGAAAAUCCACCAUACGGCUCAAACACAACUGAAGCUAAG